AUGGAGCCGCUCACUUUCCAAAAACGGCCUUUGGCUGGUCUAAAGUCUCCAUCGUCGCCGAUCUCGCAGCUGCCAACCACGCCUACAGAGGACGCCCCUAAGCGGCAUUUGGGCGAGGAAGUGCGCAGAUCAUCGUUCCGCUCUGUUGAAGAGAACGAAGAGAAACAUGCGGCUGUUGCGUCCCCUGUCAAGAAGAGCCUACUGUCAGCAGCUCUUCUUGCGGGUCCUCCGUCAACGCAGCAGAGGCGGGCAAGUGGGUGCGGGAUUCUGAAGCGUGCCGAGCACUUUGGCGACGAGCCACAGAAACAGUCCAGCCCUGCGUUCACUGCGGGCACGCAAGAUGCGGCCGCUCACUCACGGUAAGCGUUCUUACCCCGUCUGGAAGGGAGCGGGAGCGUGAGCCAUGAUGCGCUGACCUUCAACGUGUUGAUACCACAGACACCCUUCACGCGCCCACUUUGUGGAACCUGUGAAACCGGCGCGUGAUGGCAUCCGCCAGACGUCGCUGUUGUCGCCUGGUAUACAGGAUGGCUCGAUGGUCAACAAUCAGCGUGUAUUGUCUGCAAUACCAGCUCGCUCUGAGGACUCUUCCGGACCUAGUAACGGUUGUAAGCAGGCUGACGUCUCGACAACAGCAGGAACGCCUCUGCUUGCGAUGCAGCCGGCAGUCCAGAUUGAAGGUCGACAGCGCUCACUCGUCUUUUGUGAUGCCCCAUCCGAGGCCAAAGAGCGUGCAGCGCCGCGAGCGGCAGCCGUCACUUCCAGGCGCGCCAGCGUCAACAAGCUGAUAUCUCCUCCCGCUGCAAUCGAAGCUGAAACCAGCAGUGAUGAUGCUAGGGUGCAGGCUUCGGCGUUGACAGGCUCCGACACGGGUGACAGCGAAGACUUGGGUAGUAGCGUAGAAGAAGGUCAUGCUACUGCUCGUUCACACUACUCUACGGGGCUCACGAGUCAGCCGGCCAGCGGCGCCGAAGCAGAGACCAUCGACCGCAUACAUGCAGUCCAGAAGCCGCGGCAUCCCUGUGAUACUUCGGACAACGAGCUUUUGCCCGCGCAUUCGUUGCGCGCUCCCGCUGGCUCUGCGAUUGCGGACGCCCGUGGCAUCCGUUCGGAGCACACACAAACUGGACCGCAUGGACCGCACAGCACGUCUCCGUCGCUGCGCUUCUGCGGAGCGGUGGCAGCAGCCGCUGCGCGUCAGCGCACCCUCAAGUUUGCUUCUUCUCCUCGCGAAGUGGCUGAGCGGCAUCGUCCUCAUCCACUUGCGCUUGCGCCUUCCAUCUCGGCGGCUGGUAGCAGAGGCGGCCUACCACUCAGCCCGCGAUCACGCCCCUCCAAAAUUAGCAAAGUCAGAAGCCCCUCCACGGACGAGGACGAAGCACCCUACGUGGACGUCAUCCACGCCGCUGCAAAUCAGCGCAAGCCUACCGUCCGGGUGUUGGAGCCUCUUCGUCAGCGACCCACCCGAGCCGAGCAGGAAGCACACACGCGUGGCCGCCCUCGAGUAUCGACGACAGAAGAGAAGCUGUCCUCGCUGGCUUCGCUCACAAAGCGCAGAGUAUCUCGGGGAAGUCCUGCACCUUCUGCACUGCCCUACCAGGAAAAGGCAAAGGCUCUGAGAGGACCCCACGCGAUGGGUGCUGGUUCCCCCGCGCCUGGUCGCCGUCAGAGUCACGAUGACUCGAUAAGCUCGGGUGCGGAGCUGGCGGCGUCUGAGGAAGAGCUGAAUUCAUCGGCGUCCGAGGAGGAGGAGGAGGAGGAGGCCGAAUAUGACGAGGAUUCCGACGAUCUAUCCUCCGACGAUCAUGGGGAAGACAGACAAGACGACGAGAGGGUCAGCGUAAGAGAGGGGUUUGCGACUGUCACUGACCGCAGAGACUGCCAGCAGCUUGCUCAUCGAUCAUAUGACGCAGCACAAUUGGAGGACUCUCUCCCUCUGAGCCCCGAAUUUGAUGUGGAGACCAACUCUCUGCAUUCAAACACCAACCGCUCGCAGCAGACCGGCUAUACGUCCUCGAACCACUCUGGAAUGAGCAGGCCAGACUCACCGGCCAAUGCGAUCUCAGCUGCAGACACACCCGCGCUACAUUUGGCAAGAAUACCAAGGUCUUAUCCUGUCAGCCCGCGGCGCUCGGUCUCCUCGGCAGGUCCGUCACCGACGAUCACUUCUACAUCGUUUGGUCAAGCUGCUAUCCAGUCUCUUGAAGAGUUCGCUCCUUUCCAGGCAGUUCCAAACGCUGUUGUGGAGAGGACAUCAAGCGUCGAAGAAGAGCACUUGCCACCGCACGCGCCACGCGUCGCUUCACCUCACGUGCUUCACUUUGGUCAGUUGCCUCCGCAUCGCUCGCUUCUCAGUGGCGGUCGUGCCUCUUCAUCACACAAACGUCCGGUUGGAUCUCAACAGCGAAGCUUGAGCACCGGUACCAUGACUCGACGUGGAGUGGUAGUGGCGUCUCCAUUGUCGCAAAGCCCGGAGCUCGCGCUUCGCAGCCUGGACGCGGACGCUCCAUUACCUCUGCUGACGUUCCGACCAGAAGUAUCAACGCUGAGUGUCAAUGGAGAGCGCUUGGGUAACGCCUGGCAUCGGCUUCGCCAUUGUCUCGACGCAGAGGGAUCCGUCUCGGAUGGAGACCUGCAGCGCAGGUCCAGGAUGUUGCCGUCCAGCGCCGCUUCUAAAUUAUAUGCGCUUGCUUCGCGCGCUACAAGCCCUUUUGCGGGACACCGAGAUCAGACGAGCUCGAAGUUUUCUUCUACUUCCCUUUUUGCUUUGUCGCAUGAUGCAGCACAUUCGUCAGCUGCCCUCAGAGGCGAGGCCAGCGACGUCGACUCGCCGACGCACGCAGCUUUCGCAGCCUCUUCCCCGCCUUCCUGCGAUUUUGCGCCGCCAGAGGUCAUGUCAGCGCCUUGCUCUCCACAAAGACGAGCGACUGCAUCGCUGCAUCUCGCGCUUGAGGGCGCUCCCCAAGGUGCAGCGACACAAGCAGUGGGCAGCGGCGCGACUACGUCUGUUCGCGCGCUGCAGCGCACCAUGACCGACGUACACCAACCACACCUUCGUCAUCGCUCCUUUGGAGAGAAAUUGCUCGAGACAAUCCGACACGUCAAGGACGCUGCCACGGGUUCUGGCAGUCCCGCGAUGGUGUCGACGUCUCCACCCGGCUUCGCACACCGCCAUGACGCGAGCGAGGCAAAGCCGACACCGAAUGAUGCAGACCACCAUCAUGCUAGCCACCCGUUAGCUUCGCCUCCACCUUUUGCGCUGCCACCUCCUCUACAAGACGCUCAUGCGUUGCGCGACAUUCCAUCGCGACCAAAUGCGCUACCAUCGCCUGCGCACAAAAAGCAGACACCCGUUCAGAUUUCGAAACCUUUGCCUAGCGCUCAGGCUAGAGACGACGCACAUAUCAUUGGCAAGAGACACGGCGAGCAUCCUAGACGAGCUGAGCAUCGCAAGGCGGAAGCACGCUCUCGUCGAUGUUCCAGCAGCGGUGGUCGUGCGCCUCGCGAAGAUGCAGCCGUUGCGAUACCUGAUAGGCACAACGUGCCGCCUUCUCCUCCGUUCCCAUCCUCCGCUCACGCCCAGGACCCUCUUGCACAAAAGUCGAACGGACGUGAUCGCGCGACGGGGACACGUCGGCGAAGAACAGCAGAUGCUGAGUUGGAGUUCGGCUGGGGCACAUGCAAGCUUGGUCAGGCUGGGGCCUCAGACACAGUGCACGGCGCCUGA